CGUUUUGACGAGAAGUGGCUGCAUUAGUUUGGUUUACCGUGUGGCGUACUCCGGCUUAGUCUUCUGAACUGUGGCUGCUUAAGUCUCCCUCCCUCGUUCCCCAUGCAAAAAUAACCUUCUUUAGAUUGUCUGAGCGGUGAAGCCUGUUCUGCUCUCUUCUCUUGUUACUGGUGUGUUGCUAAUGGUUAAAAGUGCUGAAAGUGCUUCAGUUGGUGUCCAAGAGCACUUCCCUUAAGACCACAUUGCUGACAGCUAGCCUCAAUCCUUCUUUUCUAAUUGGCAUUUUGGCAUCUCUUCGGAGUACGGCUUAAUUCUUUUACUGCUAAGCUCCUUUUCUUCCUUCCUUUCAGACGGUUUGGUUCCUAGCUCUGUUCCUGCGUGUUUCCUCUGACCAGCAGCUCGCGGCAGCGGUGCCUGACGUCUGUUCGACUGGUGUUCCUUCUCUGCUUGUGUUUUCUGCCCUUCCUUCCCCCAGGCAAAAACCAGUAAUUUGAUCAAAUUGCCUGUAGGCUCAUAACAAGCGCUCAGUGUGUGGUGUCUGUUUUUCCCUUCUGAGGAGCUGGAUACAGUGCCUUUGUUGAAGCGUUGCACAUGCUGGAAUUGCCUGUCCCCCUGAUGUAUUCCGGGAUGGCAACUAGGUGACGACAGUUGAGGAUGACCCUGACUGAAAAACUGCGCGAGAGGAUAUCGCGGGCGUUCUACAACCACGGGCUGCUGUGUGCUUCCUACCCUAUUCCCAUCAUCCUCUUUACUGGGCUCUGCAUUCUGGCCUGCUGUUACCCGCUGCUGAAGCUGCCGCUGCCUGGAACGGGACCUGUGGAGUACAGCACCCCCGUGAAGGAUUACUCCCCACCCUCUCCGGACGCGGCUCUGCAGCAAGGGGAUCUCGGCGAGCGUCCCGACUGGUAUGUUGGUGCUCCUGUGGCCUACAUUCAGCAGAUCUUUGUGAAAGCUACCGUCUCCCCAUGGCAGAAGAACUUCCUGGCUGUUGAUGUGUUCCGUUCGCCCCUCUCCCGCGUCUUCCAGCUAGUGGAGGAGAUUAGAAACCAUGCCCUGAGAGACAGUUCUGGUGUCAAAAGCUUGGAGGAAGUUUGCCUUCAGGUAACAGAUCUUCUGCCUGGCCUCAAGAAGCUGCGGAAUCUGCUCCCCGAGCAUGGCUGUCUGUUGCUGUCUCCAGGCAACUUCUGGCAGAACGACCGAGAGCGAUUCAAUGCCGACCCAGAUAUCAUCAAAACCAUCCACCAGCAUGAACCAAAGACGUUACAAACAUCCGCUACUCUCAAAGAUCUGUUGUUUGGGCUCCCUGGGAAGUACAGCGGGGUGAACCUCUACAAUAGGAAGCGCGUGGUGUCGUACACUGUCACACUGGGUCUCCGGCGGUAUGAUUCCAGGUUCCUCAGCAGCCUCCGCUCUCGCCUCAAGCUGCUGCAUCCCAGCCCCAACUGCACGCUGCGAGAGGAGAACAUCGUUCACGUCCACUUCAAGGAGGAGAUUGGCAUCGCCGAGCUGAUACCCCUCGUCACCACCUACAUUAUACUCUUCGCUUACAUCUACUUCUCCACACGGAAGAUUGACAUGGUGAAAUCGAAAUGGGGCCUGGCACUGGCAGCGGUCGUGACGGUGCUCAGCUCUCUGCUCAUGUCCGUCGGGCUGUGCACGCUCUUUGGUUUGACGCCUACUCUUAAUGGAGGAGAGAUAUUUCCAUACUUGGUUGUAGUCAUUGGCCUAGAGAACGUGUUGGUUCUCACCAAGUCAGUCGUCUCUACGCCCGUUGACCUGGAAGUGAAGCUACGCAUUGCCCAAGGCUUGAGCAAUGAGAGCUGGUCCAUUAUGAAGAACAUGGCCACAGAGCUUGGGAUCAUCUUGAUCGGGUAUUUCACCCUUGUCCCGGCCAUCCAGGAGUUCUGCCUCUUCGCUGUGGUCGGCCUGGUGUCUGACUUCUUUCUGCAGAUGUUUUUCUUCACUACCGUGCUGUCCAUUGACAUUCGCCGUAUGGAGCUCGCUGACCUGAACAAACGGUUGCCAGCGGAAGCCUGCAUGCCCCCAGCGAAGCCCGUCAGCCGCUCUCAGCGCUACGAACGCCAGCCCGCCAUGCGACCUGCCACCCCCCACACCAUCACCCUGCAGCCAUCGUCUUUCAGGAAUCUGCGCCUGCCAAAGAGGCUGCGGGUGAUUUACUUCUUCGCCAGGACCCGGCUGGCCCAGAGACUCAUCAUGGCUGGGACGGUGAUCUGGAUCGGAAUCCUGGUUUACACGGAUCCUGCUGGUCUCCGCACCUACCUCACGUCACAGGUCACCGAACAAAGUCCUUUGGGUGAAGCAGGUCUGCCUCCUAUGCCUGUUCCUGGAGGGGUCCUACCUGCUGGGAACCCCAAGAUUGAUCUCUCAGUCUUCCCGUCGGACCCUAUACAGCUGUCGGAAAACCAGACGCAGCAGCGUGAGCAGAAGUCAGGGCUGGAGUCCCUGAACGGGCUGGAGACAAACCAGCACACUUGGGCCCAUGGACCAGAGGGCAAAGGGAAUGGACAGACGGAACUUGGAACGGAAGCAGAGGUUACCUGGGGAGCAGAGGAUGAGGAGAUUUGGAGGAAGCUUUCUUUCAGACACUGGCCAUCCCUCUUCAGCUACUACAAUAUCACUCUGGCCAAAAGAUACAUCAGCAUCCUUCCAGCAAUCCCUGUCACGCUGUACCUGAACCCACAAGAGGCCUUAGAAGUGCGGCAUCCCCAGGAGGCCAACCGCUACCACCCCUUCUUAUCUUCCACCAGUGGGAAGCUGGAUGCGGAAGCUCAGCCUGACCAAGCCUCAUCCAAGCUGCAAGGACACCAGGAUGUCACCCUUUACAAGGUGGCUGCUCUGGGUCUGGCCUCGGGCAUUAUCCUGGUCCUCCUGCUCUUCUGCCUGUACAGGGUGUUCUGCCCCAAGAACUACGGGCAGAACGGGCUCUCGCACAGCAGGAGGAAGAGGGGGGACCUGCCCUGUGACGAUUACGGCUACUCCCCGCCUGAGACCGAGAUCGUCCCCUUGGUUCUCAGGGGUCACCUCAUGGACAUCGAAUGUCUGGCUAGUGAUGGGAUGCUGCUUGUCAGCUGCUGCCUGGUGGGCCAGAUCCGUGUGUGGGAUGCUCAGACUGGCGACUGCCUCACCGUUAUUCCCAAACCCAGGUUGCGAAGAGACAGCAGUGGUGUUUUCGAUUACCAGGAGAGCUGGGAUCACAGUCCGGACGGCAAGAAUGGUCUGGAUGACUCCUUUGAGAACAGUCACCAGCUCAAGAGGAUGCUCAGCCCUCCCCAGCCUCCGCUUUUCUGCGACCAGCCCGACCUCACCUCUCUCAUUGACACGAACUUCUCUGAGCAGGUGAAGGUGGCCGAGUCGGAGACGCGGCUCCGUGCGGUGGGCGGUCGCCAGAAGGAGAGCGGCUAUGACUUCAGCAGCCUGGUUGGUAAAGUGUACGAAGAGCACGGCUCCUCCAACUGCAUGAACUUCACUGGCCUCUCAGCCCCGCAUGGACAGGCUGGAUUCUGCGUGGGGAGCGGCAGUCCCCGCUCCCUGGGCUGCGGGACCGAGGAGGGAGGCUGCAGCAGCCGCAGGAGGAGCCUGGGGGACGAGUCUUUUACGGGAUUUGACAAAUCGUCACCUCUUCCUUCCUGGGGAGGAGACUGGGAGAGCUCUGUCUGGAGCCUGGACCUGCAGGGGAACCUGAUUGUGGCGGGCCGGAGUAACGGGAAGCUGGAGGUUUGGGAUGCUAUCGAGGGGACCCUCCGUAGCACUAACGAGGAAGGUCAAUCUGGCAUCACCGCGCUCGUCUUCCUGAACAACCGGAUCGUCGCUGCCCGGCUGAAUGGCUCUUUAGAUUUCUUCUCUCUAGAGACACACACAUCCUUGAACCACCUGCAGUUCCGAGGAGCCCCGAGCAGAAGCAGCAUCCCGUCCUCCCCGGUGUUCAGCAGCAGCGACAUCGUCCUGUGUCAGCUCACCCACACCGUGUCCUGCGCCCACCAGAAGCCCAUCACGGCGCUGAAGGCUGCGGCGGGACGGCUGGUCACUGGCAGCCAGGACCACACGCUGAGAGUGUUUCGGCUGGAAGACUCGUGCUGUUUGUUCACGCUGCAGGGUCACUCGGGAGCGAUCACGGCUGUGUACAUCGACCAGACGAUGGUGCUAGCGAGCGGCGGCCAGGACGGGGCCAUCUGCCUUUGGGACGUGCUGACAGGGAGCAAGGUCAGCCACAUGUACGCCCACCGCGGGGACGUCACCUCCCUCACCUGCACAACGUCCUGCGUCAUCAGCAGCGGCUUGGACGACGUGAUCAGCAUCUGGGACCGCAGCUCGGGGAUCAAGCUCUAUUCCAUCCAGCAGGAGAUGGGCUGCGGUGCCAGCCUGGGCGUCAUCUCCGACAACCUGCUGGUGACGGGAGGCCAGGGCUGCGUCUCCUUCUGGGACAUCGGCUACGGCGACCUGCUCCAGACCGUCUACCUGGGGAAAAGCAACGAGUCGCAGCCGGCCCGGCAGAUCCUGGUGCUGGAGAACGCCGCCAUCGUCUGCAACUUCGGCAGCGAGCUCAGCCUGGUCUACGUGCCCUCCGUGCUGGAGAAGUUGGACUGAGGAGGAGGAGGAGCAGGCGCUGGAGCCGGGGCUGAGCGAGGAAGGUGGGACGGGGCACCCGGGCCCCUUCCCUUGACGAGGAGUGGGCGCAGGGACACCAGCUCCAGCGCCUCUGUCACCUCCCCGCCUUGUAAGCUGGACUCUUGUCACCCAAUGGUCUGCAGGGCCCGAGCCCGCUUGUUCCCGUUUCCAGCAUCUUCCGCGCGGUCGCUGGUGCUCCCUGGAGGCGCAAUGGUCCCCCGGGGGCUGUGGGGACAGAACACCGAGCUCCUGCUCGGGAUGGGACAGGAGGCGGGGACAGCACGUGGUGGUGGUGGUGGCUCCCCCAGGCUGCCCGGGGAGACGGAGUGACAGCAGCGGGUGCUGGAGGAGCGGCGGUGCCUUGCGGCAGCCCCGGCUCGGGGCAGGAGCGGGGCCGUGGUGGGCAGGACACCCUGCAGCACCCGUCCCAGCCCAUCGCCCGCUCCCGGGGCACCGAGAGCAGCCCUGCACGCCCAGCCUGGCCCGGCAGCGGCUGCGAGUGCGAGCCCCGGGCCAGAGCGGAGCAGCCGGGGGCCACCAUCCCUGGGGGAGGCCAGAGUCCCUGUUCCCCCCAUCCCGGGAGAAGGACGGGGCUGAGCCCGCGGGGCACUGGGCUUUGGCCUCCAGGUGCCUUAGAGCGCGGGCAGGGCCCCAGCCCUCGGGGCUCUGUGCCGCGGCCGUCCCUGCCCUAUUUAUUUAUGUGCUGUAUAUAUUUAUUUAUUAUGGCAGGAGAGUGCGGGAGCAGCGCCCGCCCUCACUCCACCAACCGCCGUGGCAGAGCCGCCCUUCCCGGCUCCCUCCUCCGCUCCGUUUGCAGCAAUAGCACCUUCCUCCUCCUCCUCCUCCUCCUCCUCCUCCUCUUCCUGCUGCGGGGCCAGAGAGGAGGCUUUUCUCAGGUUGGGAGGGGGCAGGCAGCCCUUGCCCCAUCCUCCCUGUGGGAAAAGGGGAGAAGGUCCCUUGGGAUGGAGGGGGGGGAAAUGGCCCGACUGAUGCCGGGGGGGGAGCGGGGAGGGCUCGGGGCCAGCAGCCCCCCCAGAGCUGAACCCCUUCCUCUAACGCUCUCUUCCCUCAAGUGACCGCCGAUGACGUCUGUUAAUUGAACCCCGGUGAUUGUAGGGGCAGGCGGGGAGGCCCUGGAGGGACCCAAGGCCCGGGUGCUCCCCCGGGGCAGCCCCCCCCCCCCCCGGCCCCCCCUCUGCCGCGGGUGGCCUUAGCCCAGCUGUACGCUUUGUACUGUACAGGGGACGCUUUUUGUACCAGAUUGUGUUUUAUAACGUGUACGAGGACACCUCCAUUAAACGGAACUAACCCGA